UUUAAAUUUAGAAACGAAGCAUAAAAUGGCUUGCUUUUAGAGUCAACAGUACCGGCCAUACUCGUCAACGAGGAACAUAUUUAAUCAAGAUCAAGGGAUAAAAAGACAUGGGUGGUGAACUCAUUAAUCAGCCUUUAUUCCAGGGUGUGCUUCCAACCUGCCCUCCCCCACCGAGAAGGAUGAAUAGGAUUGAAAUGAUUUGCAUGGCCACGUACAAGCGUCGACUGACUAGUAUUCAAAACUUAAUACAACUUGAAAUGGGUGAUAGAACUAACCUAAAUUUGGAACGCGACAGGACGAGCUCAGAUAAAGACCAUGAAAAGAUUGACGCCGCGAUAUUGGCGUCUGUAAAAUAUGAGAAGGAGUUGCGUGACGACUAUGCCCGUAAAGAGGAGACAUUGAUGGAACUGGACUUAAACUACCAACGCCAAGCAUUGCCAGCUGCUGAUGAAGAUGUCAGGAAUUAUGUUUUGGCACAAUUCAGGAAUUAUGUUUUGGCACAAUUGUGAGUUUGUAAUAGUUUGUAUGCAAUCCUCGGUGUACUACUAUCAAUCGUUUUUCAAGAAAAGAAUCAUCCAUCACACUACUCAAGAUAUGGAGUAGAAAUAAAGACGAAUUAAAUUAAUGUGUAACAAUUGA